CCCCGGAAGUCGGUGGGGCUUUCUCGGGAAGGACUGUGACUCCUUUAUCUCCGCCCGGCUGGGUAGCGAGCCCAGGGGGUGAAGGGUCAGGCCUCUGGUUUUUAGAUCAUGGCGCUAACCUUACGACUCUGGCGCUCGCUCCCUUUGGGACGGAGCUCCGCGCGGGCACUUCGGCUCCCGACGGGUGCUGCUGGCAGCCGUGGGCGGUGCGUUCCUUGGCCACUCCGCGGCUCUGAGGUGAUGGGAAACACGGGAGCUUUCAAAAGAAGUCUUUUAAUCUCUGCCUUGUCUUAUUUGGGUUUUGAAACUUAUCAAGUCCUUUUCCAGUCUUCUGUGGUUCAUGCCACAGCCAAAGUCACUAGAGUUGAAGAAAUCCUUGAACAAGCAGACUACUUAUAUGAAAGUGGAGAAACAGAAAAACUUUACCAGUUGCUAACCCAGUACAAGGAAAGUGAAGAUGCAGAGUUACUGUGGCGUUUGGCACGGGCAUCACGUGAUAUAGCUCAACUUAGUGGAACCUCAGAAGAGGAGAAAAAGCUUUUGGUGUAUGAAGCCCUGGAGUAUGCAAAAAGAGCCCUAGAAAAAAAUGAAUCAAGUUUUGCAGCUCAUAAGUGGUAUGCAAUCUGUAUUAGCGAUGUUGGAGAUUAUGAAGGAAUCAAGGCUAAAAUUGCAAAUGCCUACAUUAUCAAGGAGCAUUUUGAGAAAGCAAUUGAAUUGAACCCUAAAGAUGCUACCUCAAUUCACCUUAUGGGUAUUUGGUGUUACACAUUUGCUGAAAUGCCCUGGUAUCAAAGAAGAAUUGCUAAAAUGCUGUUUGCAGCUCCUCCUAGUUCCACCUAUGAGGAGGCCUUAGGCUACUUUCACAGGGCAGAGCAAGUGGAUCCAAACUUCUACAGCAAAAACUUACUUCUUUUAGGAAAGACAUAUUUGAAGCUACAUAACAAAAAGCUUGCUGCUUUCUGGCUAACAAAAGCCAAGGACUAUCCAGCACACACAGAGGAGGAUAAACAGGUACAGACAGAAGCUGCUCAGUUGCUCACAGGUUUCAGUAAUAAGAACUGAGGAAUUUUUCCAUGAAAUAUUUAAGAAACAUCACCUUUUCAUCAAAUUAUAAAGAUAAUAAAUAUAUUAGCCCUAACUGUUCUAUGGAUGUUUUAUCAGUUUUUAAUGUUGUGACCAUUUAACAAAAUAUACAAAAUUCUAGAUUUCUUCACAAGUAACAAGGCAAAAGAAAUAACUGCUAUAAGAGUGGUAGAUAUCUCCAUGGCUUAGAGGCAGAGAUAGUGUGUCUGAGACACCAGGAAUACAAAGUGCUAUGAGAUUUCUAAGCAGGAUUGGGUUAUAUCAUGAUGGGAGGAGAUCAAGAAAAGAAAGCUUUGUGGAAGAGGUGGCAUGGGGGAGUGCAUUUUCAAGUUGGACUGAUUCAGAGUUGAGAUCUUGCAGAGAAGGUGCAGUGAAAGUUAGGUUAGCAUGAUGAGGGUUCUUGGUGUAAAGCAGUUAAAUGAUGUAUCUUGGAGCCAACCUGUGUAAGGAAAGAACUCAAGUCAGGAGAGGACUGAAAAUGGAGUGUUGCUUUUUUUUCUCUUUUUGUUAAAUGUGAGGUAGUCUUACAAGUGGAUAGAUUUGUCACAGGCAGAGCCCAAAUUCUAUUCCCUAAUGUGGUGAAAGGAACAUGGAACUCAAGGGUGAAAUGGAAAUUAAGAUGUUUUAAAUAUAUAGGACAAUGCUAUUUAUUAGGGGUGCCACCAGUACAAAAUCUUAAGUUUUAUAAAAAGUAGUAGCUUGAAUGCCACUUAGAAAUCUGAGAGUGUACAUGUAGGUGGAUUUUUCUCAAAGGAAAAACAUUUUAAUAUUGUGAGGUAUGUGCUGUUUCUGUUGAUGUAUGUUUUCAAAAAAAAAGAAAAAUGAAAAUACUGGACUCUAUACACCCAUCAAUUGCUAAUAACAUUCAACAGUUGCUAAUCUUUUGCUGUGUUCUACCUAUAUAUGUGUAUAUAUUCAUAUACUUGUAUUUCUAAACUUGAAAUUGUAGACAGCAUGUAUUUCAUCCCUAAAUUCUUCAGCAUGCAUUGUCUCAGAAUAAGGCCAUCCUUCUAAACAAAAACAUCUCUAUCACGAGAAUUCUUUAAAAAUAUCUAAUUGUAAUUCUUUAAUAGUAUCUACUCCAGACCAGUGAUAUUCAUAUACCCUCAAAUAUUCCAAAAAUAUCUCACACUUUAAAAAAUUCAAGAAUCAUACAUUGCGUUUAAGUGUUUUAAAAAAAUCUUACAGAUUUGUCUCUCAUUCCAGCAGGGCCUAUUGACCGAACUUAAGAGAAGACACUGUUUCAUUGUAUUUCAGGGACUCCAAUUAAUUAUAUGUAUAUUAGAUCUUUGCCUUUUAUGUUUGUCACUUUGAUUUUUCUUUUUACCUCUUUCAGUUUCAUUUUCUUGGCUUUUUUCCAUUUCUGUCUUCCAUGUCCCUUAGUUUAUUUUUGGUUAUGUAUUUUCUUCCUUAGUCUGUCUUCACUUCUGAGACGUUUUUGUCUUUUUCUUCAAACUUUCCUGAUUUCACUUAGCAGGCAUUUCAUAUCUUCACAUUUUUUGUCCUGUUCUGAGAUUUUGUAUUUCUAAUUUGGAUUUUUUUCCUGUGUACAGUGAUUCACAUUUAAUUCAUAUUAGUAUAUUGUGUUAAAAAUUUUAGUUUCUUUUGUUGAGCAUUUUCAUUUUCAAUGUCCUCCUUUUUAGUUUUUCCUUAAGAGUAACUUUGAAUAUUAUUUUCUGCCUAGUGUGAUUUUUGUGUGUGGAUUUACCAGCAAUGCCAGGUUAUAAAAUGGGAGGUAAGGAGUUCAGAUUAGGUCAGUAGUACUCUCUGCCAAAUGUUUUUUGUAAAAUGAGGUAUCUUUCAGUAAUAAAGACUUUUAUGGAGGGGAGGGUCUGUCUUUGAAUUUUUAAAAGAAAAUUAAUUUUGAAAUAAUCAUAGAUUCAUAAGAAGUUGCCAAAAAAAAUAAGAGAUAGGUCCUAUAUAUCCUUUUCCCAGUUUGCCUGUAACUAUAGUACUAUAUCAAAACCAGGAGAUGUUCAGUGCUCUCACUUGUGUGUUAUACACAAUUUUGUCACACGUCUAUUUUUUUUUUUUUUUUUUGUCUUUUUGUCUUUUUUUGUUGUUGUUGUUGCUAUUUCUUGGGCCGCUCCCGCGGCAUAUGGAGGUUCCCAGGCUAGGGGUUGAAUCGGAGCUGUAGCCACCAGCCUACGCCAGAGCCACAGCAACGCAGGAUCCGAGCCACGUCUGCAAUCUACACCACAGCUCACGGCAACGCCGGAUCGUUAACCCACUGAGCAAGGGCAGGGACCGAACCCGCAACCUCAUGGUUCCUAGUCGGAUUCGUUAACCACUGCGCCAUGAAGGGAACUCCACACGUCUAUUUUUUAAUUGCCACCACAAUCAAGGCACAGAAACUGUUCCAUCAAAGAAAUCCCUAGUGCUUUCCCUUUACAGUCACACCCAUCUACCUCCCCUGCCACCAUCCCUACUCCUGACGAUCUCUAAUCUGUUCAGGUCAUACGGUAUGUGACCUUUUGAGACUGGCUUUUUUUCAUUCAGCAUAACUCCUUUGAGGUCCACCUAAAUUUAGUCAAUAGGUCAUUCCUUUUUAUUGUUCAUUAUAUUUCACUGUAUGGCUGUACUGGUUUAUGUAACCACCUACCAUAGGGCGUUUAGGCUGUUUCUAAUUUUAGGCUGUUUCUAAUUUUUGGCUGUUAAGAACAUUAGGUAUGAGUUAAUAUCAACGUAAAUAUUCAUCUUUGGGAUAAACGUCCAGGAGUGUGAUUGCUGGGUCUUCUACAGAGCUGUUAUUUUCCUUCCCUUUUACAAGGAGAUAGCUCCCGUCUCCAAGAUGUAGCACCUUCCCAAGAUUCUGACUGUGUGCUUUCUCAACCUCUUUGACUUCCCAGGAAUCUGAUUUGGCAGGCCUCACACUGGUUCUUGGCAUUACCCACUCAGAGUGAGAACCCUGGGACCCAUUAUGUUCUUCCGGUGCAGUCUCCAAUUGACUCUCUCCUUGGGUGUUUCAAAGCCGACUGCUAGUUUAAGAUGCCUAUUCUCCACAUAUGUGUAAAAAGAACUUUGUAGUGUUGUCUUCUAAACAUGACAGACACAGGCUAUGGGUGAUUGUAACUGCCUCUAGUGGAUAUGUUUCCUUCCUUCUUUUAAGAAUGAGAAAAGAAACCUGAUUUGGAAAGUGGCUGUUAUCCUGCAAGAACUUGAAGGCUCUCAAUUAACUUCUUGUUACCAAAAAUUUUCCCAACAGAAAAUUAACUGAAUGUUUAAUCACAGACUGUGAACUUUUAAAAAAUGACUUCUCUUGGAUUCACUUUUUAAAAUAAGCACAAUUACAAGGAGAAAAAAAAAACCCAACAACCUGAUGGAUUAGAGAACAUGUACAGAGGAUUUACCAUGAGUACCAGUAAAUAUUUAAAAAUGCCAUUAUCAUCUGA